AUGAUGCUAAGCCUGUAUGAAGUUUUUGCAGAAGCAUAUGUUCACAAGUGGUUGAAAUGGUUACUUGAGAAACAUGGAGUCAAGCACAAGGUUGCCUCAGCUUACCAUUCGCAGACGAAUGGGCAAGCUGAAUUGGCAACCAAAGAGAUCAAAGGCAUCCUUGAGAAGGUAGUUUACAACCAACGAGAUUGGUCCAAAAAACUGGAUGAUGCUUUAUGUGCUUACAGGACAGCAUACAGGACACCUUUAGGGAUGUCAUCCUAUAGGUUAGUCUUUGGGAAAGCCUGCCAUCUACCCUUGGAGUUAGAACACAAAGCUUAUUGGGCUCUCCGACAACUCAACUUGGAUCUUAAGCUUGCUAAAGAGAAACGGAUGCUCCAGCUCAAUGAGUUAGAAGAAUUCCAAAUGUUCUCAUAUGAAAAUUCCAAAUUGCUCAAUGAGAGACUUAAAAAAUGGCAUGACAAGUACAUUCGAGUUUGCAAAUUCGAAGCAGGUCAGUAA